GGUGAGUUUUCCGCAGUAGACCUGAAAACCCAGGCAGCCGCGGAUUGGCGCAUCCCGGCUGCGGCCGCCUUAGUCAUCCGAGUCGUUCUGGAACUAGGCACCAACUUGCGUGUUGGUCUGCGGCUCUUUGUGCGUGGAUCAGCUGCGGUGUGGGCUCUGGCAUCUAAUCCAGGAUUUGCCUCUGCGCGAGGCUUAUGGAAAACAGAUGUCUGGCGGCUCUGGGACUGAGCACAGAAUGGAAGUGACCCAGAGGGGAGCUGUCUGGCACCGACGACACGGAGGGAAGGCCCCGGCGCGGCCCGCGAGGCCAGCCCCACUCCUCGCGUCCGUUCUUUCUGCUGAGUCUGUGGCGCAGAAGGCGUCCCGCGAGCGAGCCGUGUGACCUUGAGACCGCGUGGGGCGGGAGCACGGACACCAGGGUCUGCGGCCGCCAGAGGUGGGGUGCGAGCAGCAGCCGCGAGGGGCGCGCAGCGUGCAGGGUCGAGGACAGCCGGCCCCCCAUGUCAGUGGUCUAGGAUGGCCAGUGAGGGUGCCAGCAUCCCAAGUCCUGUGGUGCGCCAGAUUGACAAGCAGUUUCUGAUCUGCAGUAUAUGCCUGGAACGGUACAAGAACCCCAAGGUCCUGCCCUGUCUGCACACUUUCUGUGAGAGGUGCCUGCAGAACUACAUUCCCGCCCACAGCUUAACCCUCUCCUGCCCGGUGUGUCGCCAGACCUCCAUCCUGCCUGAGAAAGGGGUAGCUGCGCUCCAGAACAACUUCUUCAUCACGAACCUCAUGGAUGUGCUGCAGCGAACGCCAGGCAGCAACGGCGAGGACUCGUCCAUCCUGGAGACAGUCACCGCUGUGGCUGCAGGAAAGCCUCUCUCGUGCCCAAACCAUGACGGGAACGUGAUGGAAUUUUACUGCCAGUCCUGUGAGACUGCCAUGUGUCGGGAGUGCACGGAGGGGGAGCACGCAGAGCACCCCACAGUCCCACUGAAGGAUGUGGUGGAGCAACACAAGGCCUCACUUCAGGUCCAGCUGGAUGCUGUCAACAAAAGACUGCCGGAAAUAGACUCUGCCCUUCAGUUCAUCUCCGAGAUCAUCCACCAGUUAGCCAACCAAAAGGCGAGCAUCGUGGAUGACAUCCACUCCACCUUCGAUGAGCUGCAGAAGACGUUAAAUGUCCGCAAGAGCGUGCUGCUUAUGGAGCUGGAGGUCAACUAUGGCGUCAAACACAAAGUGCUGCAGUCACAGCUGGAUACCCUGCUCCAAGGCCAGGAGAGCAUUAAGAGCUGCAGCAACUUCACGGCUCAGGCCCUGAACCACGGCACGGAGACCGAGGUGCUGCUGGUGAAGAAGCAGAUGAGCGACAAGCUGAAUGAACUGGCCGACCAAGACUUCCCGCUGCACCCGCGCGAGAACGAUCAGCUGGAUUUUAUCGUGGAAACCGAGGGACUGAAGAAGUCUAUCCACAACCUGGGCACCAUCCUCACCACCAACGCAGUCGCCUCAGAGACGGUGGCCACGGGCGAGGGGCUUCGGCAGACCAUCAUCGGGCAGCCCAUGUCCGUUACUAUAACCACCAAGGACAAAGACGGGGAGCUGUGCAAGACAGGCAACGCGUACCUCACCGCGGAGCUCAGCACCCCAGACGGCAGCGUAGCCGACGGUGAGAUCUUGGACAACAAGAACGGCACCUACGAGUUCCUCUAUACUGUGCAGAAGGAGGGGGACUUCACCCUGUCCCUCAGGCUCUACGACCAGCACAUCCGAGGCAGCCCCUUUAAGCUCAAGGUCAUCCGCUCUGCCGACGUGUCCCCCACCACGGAGGGUGUUAAGCGACGAGUCAAGUCCCCCGGGAGCGGGCACGUCAAGCAGAAGGCUGUAAAGAGACCCGCCAGCAUGUACAGCACCGGCAAGCGAAAAGAAAACCCCGUUGAGGAUGACCUGAUCUGCCGAGUGGGUACCAAAGGAAGAAAUAAGGGAGAAUUUACAAACCUGCAGGGCGUAGCUGCAUCUACGACUGGAAAGAUUUUAAUUGCAGAUAGUAACAACCAGUGCGUGCAGAUUUUUUCCAAUGACGGGCAGUUCAAAAGUCGUUUCGGCAUCCGCGGGCGAUCCCCUGGACAGCUGCAGCGGCCCACGGGGGUAGCAGUGCACCCCAGUGGGGACAUCAUCAUUGCAGAUUAUGAUAACAAGUGGGUUAGCAUUUUCUCCAGUGACGGGAAGUUUAAGACAAAAAUCGGAUCAGGAAAACUGAUGGGGCCCAAAGGCGUUUCUGUGGACCGAAAUGGGCACAUCAUUGUGGUGGACAACAAGGCAUGCUGCGUGUUCAUCUUCCAGCCAAACGGGAAAAUAGUCACCAGGUUUGGUAGCCGAGGAAACGGGGACAGGCAGUUUGCAGGUCCCCAUUUCGCAGCUGUAAAUAGCAACAAUGAGAUCAUCGUUACAGAUUUCCAUAAUCAUUCUGUCAAGGUAUUUAAUCAGGAAGGAGAAUUCAUGUUGAAGUUUGGCUCCAAUGGGGAAGGAAAUGGACAGUUUAAUGCGCCAACAGGUGUGGCGGUGGAUUCGAACGGAAACAUCAUUGUGGCUGACUGGGGAAACAGCAGGAUCCAGGUUUUUGAUGGCAGUGGAUCCUUCCUGUCCUAUAUCAACACAUCUGCUGACCCACUCUAUGGCCCCCAAGGCCUGGCCCUGACGUCAGACGGCCACGUUGUGGUUGCCGACUCCGGAAACCACUGUUUCAAGGUCUAUCGGUACUUGCAGUAACAGCAGACACCCCUGUGCUGUGAGCCCUUGCACUAGAAACUGGAAUGGAGUUCCCAGAGUGGGACCCGGAUCACAACAGGACUUUUCAUACUAGAAAGAAUCUUUGGUGAACUUUCCAAGGUUUUUUUUUUUUUUCUUCUGAAUGUAACCAUUUCCUGAAAAACAAAAA